UAAAAAGGAUUUUAAAAAAUCUUUCUUAAACAAAAUUUUUCAUCAAUAAUUUUUUUGUUGUUGUUGUUGUUGCUGUUCUUUUAUUAUAUUUUCUCUUUACAAUAUUUUUCAUCAACAACAAAUUCAAAAUUUUUUUCCUGAACAAUUUUUACUCAUUUUGUACUUUAAUGUGUUUUUUUUAUUCUCUCGUUUUUCUUCCUCGUAUCCUUAAAUUAAAUAAACAACAAUUAAUUUUCUUCCCUUCCAAAUGCAAAAUAGAAAGUAUGAGAAAAACAUAAAAAAACAAGCACAAAAAAUAUAAUUAUAUUUAUGUACGUAUAAUUUAUAAAAAUAUUCAUACAGAUAUUUAAAAUUGCCAAAAAAAAAAAUUUAACAAAAUAUUUAACUAAAAGGAUAUAAAAGAAAUUAUCAACGGUUAAGUAUCCUUUGAAUUUCUUCAGUUUAAUAUUAAAAAAAAUAAAGAAAAAGUUCAUAAUAAAAUUAAAAAUCAAAGAAAAAAUCUUUAAUUUUGAGUGCAAAAAAAUAAAAUCGAAAAAAAAAAAAUUUUUUUUGUCAAAAUUUUUAAAUUUUCUAUUAAAAAAACAAACAUAAAAAAAAAUAUUUUGUAUAAUAUUUUCAUCAGAAAACAUGUGGAUUAGCUGUUAUGUUAUUGCCCUUUUGGUUAUUUUAAAUGCUGAAAUAAUUUUUUCGGAAGUGUUUGAAGCACACUUAAGGGGUCCUGGUUUUGUAAUGGAACCACCAUCUAGAUUAGAAUUUUCAAAUUCAUCCGGUGGAUGGCUAGAUUGUUCAGCAUCUGGUAGUCCACAACCAACAAUUGAUUGGCAAUCAGUUGAUGGUACAUCAAUCGGUGAUAUUGGUGGUAUACGUAGAGUACAUAGAAAUGGUACAUUAGUGUUAAUGCCAUUUUCAGCUUCACAAUAUAGGCAAGAUAUACAUAAUACAAUAUAUAGAUGUGUUGCAUCAAAUAGCGUUGGUAGAAUAAUAUCACGUGAUGUACAAGUUAGAGCAGUUGUAGCACAAGCCUAUAAAGUGGACGUUGAGGUACUGGGUGCAUCAAGAGGUUGUACAGCAAUAUUACGUUGUGUUGUGCCAACAUUUGUUAAGGAAUUAGUUCGAGUGGUGUCAUGGGUUCAAGAACCUGCCUUCUAUAUAUAUCCAUCGCUACAAGGAGAUGGAAAAUUUCAUUUAUUACCCACCGGUGAAUUAUUAAUUCAUGAUCUCGACUAUAGUGAUAGAACACAUCCUUUUCGUUGUCGUACAAUGCAUCGUUUAACUAGACAAGUUGUUAUGAGUUCACCAGCAAAAGUCAGGAUCACUGAUCACCGAGGAAUUAUUUCGCCGAGUGUUGUAGAACAUACUUCACUUGUAUCUGUGUCACAAGAUGAAGGUGCAGUGCUUUUAUGUGUUGCACAAGGAUGUCCAUCACCUGAAUACCGAUGGUUUACACAGAGUGGUGCAGAACCAAUACCAGUAUUAGCUGGCCCAAGAAUACGACUUUUGGGACCAAUUUUAGCUAUAGAAGCAGUAACAGGUGAAGAUUCUGGUACAUAUAAAUGUACAGCUAGUAGUGCUGGCGGUGAAGCUAGUGCUGAAUUACGAUUAAUGGUAUCAACACCAAUACAAGUUGAAGUUAUACCAAAUGUAUUAAGCGUACAUAUGGGUGGUACAGCAGAAUUUCGUUGUGUUAUAACUAGUAACGGUUCACCUGUAUCGGGUAUACAACCAAUAUCAUGGUAUAAAAAUGGUCGACAGAUUCCUAGUUCUGGUGAAACAUUACAUGUAACCGAUGUUAAUCGUGAUAAAAAAGGAAUGUAUCAAUGUGUUGUUAGACGUCCCGAAGGUGAUACAUUUCAGGCAGCUGCAGAACUUCAAUUAGGAGAUGCACCACCAUCGUUACUUUAUAGUUUCAUUGAACAAACUUUGCAACCCGGACCAGCCGUUAGUUUAAAAUGUUCAGCAACCGGAAAUCCAACACCACAAGUUUCAUGGACGUUAGACGGAUUUCCUCUUCCAUCAAAUGGAAGAUUUAUGAUUGGACAGUAUGUGACAGUCCAAGGGGAUGUAAUUAGUCACGUAAAUAUAAGUCAUGUUAUGGUUGAAGAUGGUGGUGAAUAUGCAUGUAUUGCUGAAAAUCGUGCCGGAAAAGUUACACAUUCUGCAAGACUGAAUAUUUAUGGAUUACCAUAUAUACGUUUAAUACCAAAAGUUACUGCAGUUGCUGGCGAAACAUUAUAUUUAAAAUGUCCUGUAGCAGGAUAUCCUAUUGAGGAAAUACAUUGGGAGCGUAGUGGUCGUGAAUUACCAGAAGAUAUAAGACAAAAAGUACAACCAGAUGGUACAUUAGUUAUUAGUCCAGUACAAAAGAGUGCUGAUUCUGGUUUAUAUUCAUGUUGGGCACGUAAUAAACAAGGACAUAGUGCUAGACGUAGCGGUGAAGUAACUGUAAUAGUACCACCAAAAUUAAGUCCAUUUCAAACAUCUGUACUACAAUUAAAUAUGGGUGAUCGUGCCUCAUUAACAUGUUCGGUUGUAAAAGGUGAUUUACCAUUAACAAUUAGUUGGCGUAAAGAUAUUCGUCCAAUAGAUCCAUCAUUACAUAUGUCAGUUAAACAAGUUGAUCAAUAUAAUAGUAUAUUGGUUAUUGAAAAUUUGGGAUCUGAUCAUACCGGAAAUUAUUCAUGUGUUGUUAAAAAUUCGGCUGCUGAAGUGGAAAAUACGCAGUCGUUAUUGGUCAAUGUUCCACCUCGUUGGAUCGUUGAACCGACUGAUGUUAAUGUUGAACGUAAUCGUCAUGUUACACUUCAUUGUCAGGCACAAGGUGUUCCAAUUCCAACAGUUGUAUGGAAAAAAGCAACAGGAACCAAAUCUGGUGAUUAUGAAGAAAUUCGUGAAAGACCAUACACAAAAUUAUUAGCAAAUGGAUCUUUAUACCUGCAACAUGUCAAAGAAGAUAGAGAAGGAUACUAUUUAUGUCAAGCUAACAAUGGAAUUGGAACAGGAAUUGGAAAAGUUAUACAAUUAAAAGUUAACUCUUCACCGUAUUUUCCCUCACCGGCUAGGUCAGUUAUGGUUAAAAAAGGUGAUACAGCUAUUUUACAAUGUGAAGUUAGCGGCGAUAAACCAAUUAAUGUAGUUUGGGUCAGAGCUGGAUCUGGUAAACAAAAAUUGGAUCCAACAACAAAUUAUAAGAUAUCAGUAAAACAAGAUGCCACUCAAGAGGGUGUAUCAGCAGAAUUACAAAUAAUUAAUGUUGAAAGUAUUGAUAGUGGACCAUAUUUUUGUCAAGCAAGUAAUCUCUAUGGACGUGAUCAACAAUUAGUUCAAUUGCAAGUACAAGAGCCUCCAUUACCACCAUCUGCUUUGGAAGCUGCAAUGGUAACUAGUCGUUCAGUUAGUUUGAAAUGGCAACCAAGAUCUGGCGAUUCAGCUGAAGUUACAAAAUAUAUAGUAGAAUAUAAAGAACAAGAUCCACAUUUUAUGGAUCAAUGGCAACAAAUUGAGAUAUCAGAUCCACCACAAUAUACAACAUUAAUUGAAAAUUUAAAACCAGCAACACGUUAUGCAUUUCGUAUUAUUGCUGAAGGUACAGCUGGUCAAAGUGCACCUAGCCAAGAAUUAAAUAUUAAAACUGAACCACAAAGACCAGCUGGACCUCCACUUAAUCUUUCAAUAAGACCAUUAUCAUCUACUGAAUUAUUAAUAACAUGGAUAGCACCUUUAUCUGAAUUAAGACAUGGUGAUAUACAAGGUUAUAAUAUUGGUUUUAGAACAUCAAACUCACAAAGUAGCACAUAUAAUUUUACAUCGGUACCAGGCGAUAGUGAUGGUGUCAUAAAUGAAUAUUUAUUAAGUGGUUUACAAAAAUAUACACGUUAUAUAAUAGUAGCACAAGCAUUUAAUCAAGUUGGACCAGGUCCAUUAACGGACCCAAUAUCUGCACAAACAAUGGAAGAUGUUCCUAGUCGCCCACCGGAAGAUAUAAGAUGCGCAGCAUUAACUUCACAAUCAUUACAAGUAUCUUGGCAACCACCACCAGUUCAUCAUACUAAUGGUAUGCUUGUUGGAUAUAAAUUAACUUUUGAACCAAUAUUAGAAGAUUCAACAAAUGGACAAGAUCAUGUUGAAACACGAAAGACAACUACACUUACAACAGUUUUAACAGGUUUAAAAAAAUAUACAAAUUAUAGUAUUCAGGUGUUAGCCUAUACUCGUAUGGGUGAUGGUGUAAUAUCUGAUUCUACAUACUGCCAUACCGAAGAAGAUGCACCAGAAGCUCCAGCUGAUAUUAAAGUAGUUGUUAGUUCACCUCAAUCAUUAUUUAUUUCUUGGUUACCACCGAAGGAGCCAAAUGGUGUUAUUACAAAGUACAAUUUAUAUACUCGUGUUGUAAAUGGUCGGGAAGAACUUAAUCAUGAAAAACGAAAUCUUCCAUCUCAACAACUUUCUUAUGAAGCGAAAAAUUUACAAGCGCACAUCGAAUAUCAAUUUUGGGUUUCAGCAUCAACUCGCGUUGGAGAAGGAAAAAGUUCGAGGGUAGCUUCUCAAGUUGCAACAAAUAGAGUUCCUGCUAGAAUUGUAUCUUUUGGUGGGACAGUAGUCCGACCAUGGCGUUCUACUGUGACAUUAUUCUGUCAAUCGGUUGGUAAACCGAAAACUCAAUGGUACAAAGGUGGUAUUUCCUUACGACAAGGCGCUUUUCAUAAUACUCAAAUGUUAGAAACAGGUGAUCUAAUAAUAUCGAAUUUACAAGUCACUGACCAAGGAAAUUAUAGUUGUCAAGUUGAUAAUGGUGUAGGUACUGAUAGAUUAGAUCAUGUUUUAGUAGUACAGGUACCACCAUCAUCACCCGUUUUAUAUGUAACAAGUGGUACAUCAAGUAGUAUAUUAAUGCAUUGGAAAAGCGGUGCUAACGGUAAUUCUCCAAUAACUGGUUAUACAUUACAUUAUAGACGUGCACAGGGUAAUAUAGAAGAAAUGCAUUUAUCACGUCAUUUAUCUAGUCAUGAACUAAAAGGUCUUGUUUGUGGAAGCACUUAUCAAGUAUUUUUAACUGCACAUAAUAAAAUAGGAACAUCACCACCAAGUACCUCAUUACAUGUACGUACACAGGGUCAAUCACCUGGUAUGCCAUCCACUGCCAAUUUAAUAGCUCCAAAUUCAACAUCGGUUGUCUUAAGACUGCAUACAUGGCCGGAUAAUGGCUGUCCUAUUUUAUAUUUUGUAUUACAAUAUCGUUGUUUAAUGGAUACCAUCGAGAAAAAUUGGAUAUUAGUAUCAAAUCAAUUAAAACCACAAAGACGUUUUAUAAUAAAUGGUUUAAAACCAGCAACAUUGUAUCAAAUAAAAAUGGAAGCACAUAAUGUUGCUGGUGUUUCAAAAAUUGAUUAUCAAUUUGUAACAUUAACAAAGGAUGGUGAACCACCGCCACCAGAAAUUGUUGAAAGAGGUCAACAAGCAAAUUUAUUUUAUGGAAAUGUUAAUUUAUUAAUACCCGGUAUUGCAACAAUAUCAGGAAUUAUUUGUACGGUUGCAUUAAUUGUUAUGUGCUAUAAACACAAACAAAGCAGUCGCAUUCAAAAGGAAGCAAUGGAAAAUCGUCAAAACAGUGAAGCCGCACAACGUGAACGUUAUUACGCUACCAUUCAUAAAGUUUCAUUGCAAAACAAUGAUAAGAUUCCAGAAACUUCAGAAGAUAUUUCACCAUAUGCAACAUUUCAAUUAUCAGAAGCUAGUACAUUAGCACAACCGCAUCAUACAGGACCAGCAAAUACAUUAUUACACUCGUUUAUGUAUCAUGAGAGAGCACUAACUGAAGGAUGUUCAUCGCCACCACCAGCUGCGGUACUUAGACAACUGAAAACCUCCUCAUCUCCAUAUUAUAAUAUCACACAAAAAAAUCGACGUAGACAUUCAAGAAAAACUGAACCUGAAAGUGAAGAAUCAGAAUCAGAUCAAGAUCCAUUAACAUCGAGUCGAACUGAAUCAUCAAAUCAAUUAGAAGCAGCAAAAUUAAAACAUAGUAUUAUUUAUCAUGGUGCCCAAUCAAGUACAUCAUCAGAUUUAUCACCAAUGUCAGAACAAAAAUCAUUACCACGACGUGGUAGAUCAAGGUAUCAUCAACAACAUCUUUAUUCGACAAACACAACACCAAGACACUCAAAAUCCUCAAAUUUAAAUGCAAAUAAUAUCACAACGUUAUUAGUCACAUCCCCACGUAGUAGUAAUAAUCGUAAAAAAUUAAAUUUAAAUAAAUUAGUUACUAAUUCAAAUGCAAUACAAUGUGGUAGUACUACUACUACAAAAACAACAACAACAUCAACAACAUCAAAUAUUAUAAAUAGUUUAAAAAAUUCAAAUUCUAAUAAUUCAAAUUUAAAUAAAAAAUCACCAUCUUCAAAUAAAACAAUAUCAACAAUAAUAACACCAACAACAAUUUCAUCAACUCAAUCAAUUUUAUUAAAAAAUUCUAAUUCAAAUUCAAAUUUAAUUGAUUCAAAUAAUUUAUUAGAUAAUAAUAGUAAUUGUGAUAGUAGUACUCAAGCAAAUGUAUGCAAUGUUAAAUCACAAAAUCAAUCAAUUAUUAAUAAUAAACAACAACCACAACAACAACAACCAGUUAAUUCAAUAGCAUCGUCAAUAAUACAAUCCCGCAUGCCUUCCCAAUUUCGUCCUAUUCCACACAAAACCAUACCAUCAAAUACAUCAAUUAUUGAAUCACCAACAACACCAACAUCUGCGAAAUUUUUCUCAGCGACGACUUUACGUAAAUAAAUUUGUUAGUUUUUUUUUUGUUGUUUUUUUUUCGUUUUUUUUUUUCUGUUCGUUUUAAAUGUACAUAUACAUCAUACAUGUAUAUUAUCAUUAUAUUACACUCGAAAUUAUCAAAAAGGAUAAAAAAAAAAAACAAAUCUUUAAAUACAAUCAAAAAUAAAAAUAAAAAAAAAUAUUUCAUUAAUCAACUACAUUUAAUUAUUAAUUAUUAUAUAUGGAUUUAGUUAAUUAGUA